CUCACAUGCAAUUAAUCAUCCAGUUCUAAUACCUAAACCAAUUGAGAGAAUAUGAAAGGAAUGAAGGGAAAAUUCCUCAAGAAAUUGAAGACCAUACAAGCAAUUAGCACUCUCAAACAAGGCCUAGUCUUUACUCAGUUAACUCCUAGUGUAGAAAAGUUCCCCACUAGAAAUUGUCCUCAAACGACAUCGAAUCGCGGAGAACACGAUACCGAGAAGGAGAAUCUAGUUGACAACAUUGGGAUAUCCAAACACUUGAAAGAUCUUAACAAUGAAGAUUUUGAGCCAGAGCUCAGUCCUGUUCAUGAUGACAAGAAGACUCUUUCACCCUCCUUGAAGUUCAAAGACAGUGUGUCGUCUUUCAAAGACACGACAAUGAAUAACCAAGAAACCCCAGAUGAAAUAUGCUCGUCAUUGUUGGAUUUUGAAGAGAAAUGUCCACCAGGAGGGAGUGAUAAGGUCGUUCUAUACACAACAAGCUUGAGAGGCAUAAGAAAAACGUUUGAGGAUUGUAAUGCUAUAAGGUUCUUGUUAGAGAGUUUCAAGGUGUCGUUUUCCGAGAGGGAUGUGUCGUUGCACCAGGAAUUCAGAGAAGAACUGUGGAAGAUAUUGGAUGGUAAAGCCAUCCCUCCUAGGCUUUUCAUCAAGGGAAGGUACAUCGGAGGAGCGGAUCAAGUGGUGGGAGUACUUCAUGAGCAAGGCAAGCUAAAGAAGCUCUUGGAAGGAAUCCCACCUGCGCCGUCCAAUUCCCCGUGCGCUGGCUGCGCCAACGUACGGUUUUCGGUGUGCUGCAACUGCAAUGGAAGUCGCAAGGUCGUUGCGGAUGGUGAGAACGGUGAUGAAGUUUGCUACAUUAGAUGUCCGGAGUGUAAUGAAAAUGGCCUUGUUAAAUGUGUCAUUUGCUGCUGA